ACACUAAAAUUGUGUUACUGUUUUUUAAAGCAAUUAUAGUCUAAGUUUCUUUAACAGCGCCCACAAAGGUCUUUUUUUCAAAUUGUACCAGUGGCUGUGAUCGGAGACGUGUAAAACCUCUGCACAGUAAAACUCAAAAUACUCUUUCCUGAGAAGUGCGCUGAACAAACCUUUGCUAAAAUAUAGACUCAUUCUUUGACAAUACCAUUAUUAUCUUCUGUCUGUAGCUACAUAAAAGCCCUCGUAUGUUAUAUUUCCCUCAUGUGAUGACUCAGUUUACUGGACUAGGUGUAACUGGCCUAUGAGGAGAGACAGAUCCCCUGGGGACCAAAGGUGGAGUGGAGCUCAGGGGUCAAGCUCCUCAGGGACCCAGAGUGUGUAGUUUGAAUGGUCCUCCUGUUCAGCUCAAACACUGGGCCGCCGAUGGCACUUUAGAGUUGGAUACAUCCUCACACCAGGGACUGAUAGAGACCCGUCUGCAGGAGUCAAGGGACUUUCUUUUUCAGGAAUAUGCACUUAUAGCCUCUGACUUCAAACAUUUGAAAAUGCCAGCCUCCAAAGAAAUGCUGGUGUUUGCAGCACUCUGUGUCUUCCUGGUCCUCACCCAAUGUCAAAAGCUGCCAAGUUUUGAUCUGCUGGAGGAGUUUCGUGUGCCCGAGUCGAGAGGAGUGAGGAGAGUGGACGGCUCUCAACCAGAGGCGGUGGCCUACCGUGUCAACCCCUCUAUACAUCUACGGAGAUCCAUGAGCGAUGUGUAUCCAGAUGGACUUCCUUCCGACUACUCUGUCAUCGCAACAUUUAAAGUGACCAAGGACACAGCCAGAAAAUCCUGGGACCUGUGGCAGGUCAGUGACCCCAAAGGACGAGAGCAAGUCGGCCUGCGUUUCCAGGGUGACACACGUUCUUUAGACUUCUUCUACACCAGCCCCCAUGGGAGCCAGAUGCUGAGGACCUUCCACGGUGUGGAAAAGUUGUUUGACGGAGAGUGGCACAAGUUGGCGCUGAGUGUGAAGGGCAGCCAGGUGAAGCUGCUGAUAGACUGUGAAGAGGUCAGCGUGGAGUCCAUUGAUGAGCCAAGGCCAGUCAUCCACCGAGGGUACACCUCCAUCGUCAAGCGGGCCGCAGGAGAUCGCUCUGUGUCUGUGGACCUCCAGCAGAUGGAGGUGUCAUGUGACCCAGAGCAGGCUUACUCAGAGGGCUGCUGCGAGCUCUCCAGUGUGUGUGGUGGGUACGCAGAGAUCGGCCUAACAGCUGGAAGAGCGUCUUGCAAAUGUAUGCAUGGACAACCAGGCGUUCAGGGACCUCCAGGGCCACAGGGUCACAGAGGGCUUCCAGGAAAAGCCGGAGACCAAGGAAGACAAGGAAACUGGGGAAUCCGAGGAAACACAGGAGCAUAUGGCAACAUUGGUGAGACAGGCCCAAAGGGUGAAGAGGGAAUCAAAGGCGAGAAAGGAAUGAGAGGACUCUGGGGCCAAGUGGGAGACAGAGGUCCUAAGGGGCUGAAAGGAUUAAAGGGGGCAGCGGGCUUCAAGGGAGUUCGUGGACCACCUGGAGAUAUUGGAGAGACUGGGAAACUAGGCGAAAUUGGUACUAAAGGCGAAAUAGGAUAUGAAGGGAUUCCCGGAUUUCAAGGAGUUAAGGGAGAAAAAGGAACCUCUGGUGUAGCAGGGCGUGCUGGGCCCAGAGGAAAGCAGGGUAUUGUGGGAGAUCCUGGAGAGACGGGAACUCCUGGAGAGAAGGGGACGCCUGGGAUCCAAGGACCUGUGGGCAGAGCUGGCACCAUCGGACCGAAGGGCAUUAUUGGAGAUCCGGGCUUGCCUGGCAGAGACGGUGAUCCAGGAAUAGAGGCUUAUCAAGGACCACAGGGUCUCAGUGGAAGACUCGGGAGAAGUGGAACAAAGGGAGAGAAAGGCCAACUUGGGCCAGCGGGAGAAAUGGGUCCCCAAGGCCAAACUGGCCCAAGAGGUUACAAGGGUUCUGCAGGGAAGCCAGGAAGACCUGGAUUUAUCGGCCCACCGGGACCUACUGGACACGUGGGUGUGCCUGGAAAACCAGGGUCCAAGGGUGACACAGGAAUCCAGGGAAUUCAAGGAGUUAAAGGUGGACAGGGGGAAAAAGGAGUUAAGGGCCCCAAAGGAAAGGUUGGAGACAGGGGUGCGCAGGGUCCUCAGGGAGGACGGGGGAAGCGUGGCCCCGUAGGCCCACCUGGACGUGCAGGCCCUGUCGGAGUCAAGGGGAUCCGAGGUGAAGGAGGACCAGAUGGCUUUCAGGGGCCCCCGGGGCCACCGGGCCCAACCCUCCCUGCCCAACAUGUGAUCGAGGUUUGUCAGAAAGUGGUCCUGGAGCAGAUGUCCACCUUUGCCAACUCAGUGAAGAGGACAUGUGCUGCAGUUUGUCCUCUAUACGGGGACGUGCCCAUGGGUGCCCCUGGUCCUCCCGGACAGAAAGGACCCCCCGGACCUCCUGGUGACCCUGGUAAUGAUGGUGUUGAUGGAGAAGCUGGCCUGCCGGGAUUCUAUGGAGAAGCCGGGGAACUGGGCCGAAAAGGAGAAACAGGUGACCGAGGAGAGCAAGGUGAUAAAGGACCAAAAGGUUACGGCCUACCUGGCUACUUUGGAGACCAGGGACCAAAGGGUCAACGUGGACGUCCCGGCCGAGCCUUUCAUGGUCAGCCAGGGAAGCAGGGUGAGAGGGGACACGUGGGCAGGCCUGGACUCAGGGGCCACGCAGGUCUCAGAGGACCUCCAGGUGUUUGUGUCACCUCUGGGUGUGCUCAGCUGAACUCCACCAGUGGGACUCCUCAGCCCGCACCGCGGAGGUUGAGGAAUCGCCCAUAGAGGGAAAAAAGGAGGCUGUGUGGACGGUGAAUUGAAUAUUGAGCUUAAAGGAGGAAAACACGGUAGAUUGUCUUUGUUAAUAUGUGUUUGUUCAAAUAAAUUGAAAUUUUCAUGUAAAUAUGCAACCCAAUUGGAACCUGAACUGAACUUCUGGGAAGACAAAGACAGCACCUCUGUGAUUUGAAGGGUAACAAAACAUAUUUGUAAAAAACAACUGUCUUCAUUUGAAAGUUUUAUUUAAACAGAUUUCACAAGUCUGAGUUGUCUUCAAACAUCUGUUCUUUAUAAUAAAAAUCCAAAAUUUAUACUGAUGUUUUUUAGACCAUUGUGUAAAAGCCUGAUUAGCUCCCCCAAGGAGGUUAUGUUUUCUGUACAGUUUGUUUCAAAUCUGUUUCAAAUCCGCCAGGUGACGCAUUUUCACUGGCUCUAGGGCUGUUGCUAGAACUAAACAUUGUACUUCCUCAUAUUUGAAUGCCUGCCACUGGGAUACAGAGUAUAGAAGCAGAUCAAGAGAGAGACCCGCCCCUCUCUUGAAUUUAGACCAAACUCAGUUCAAACUGUAAAACUAGGCAACACUGAUCAAACACAAGCCGAGAUUCUGUUAUAUUGCUGUUUAUUUUAUAUAUAAAUGUCUUCAGAAGCAUAUUUUAGUGCACUGUUUGGCUGUAAAACAAGAAUUUGCAAACAGAAAGUGGGUUUCAUUCUGUUUCCUGUAUUGUCAAAACUGAGGCUUAAAAUAAUGAGAUCAAACUGUAAAACUUAGCAGAGCCGAUCAAACAAGAUUCUUUUACAACACUGGCUAUUUCUCUCCUAAAAUGAUGGAAAAAAACA